GCUAGUUAAACAUAUGUCGCAAAGAGUAGUAUCUGAAUCUGUAUCUGAUGAGGAUACUGCUGCAGCGGCUGAGGCCGUGAACCACAUAACUUGCUCGGAAGCUAUUGCAUUGAUAGGCAGAGCUUACCGAAGUUUGUCUAAAUCAAAAACUUUGACUGGGACUGGUCCUCCAUCAUUCCCCUCCCCCCCCAGCGCUAGGUCCUUAGAGGCCUCUUCCCUUUCUUCUUGUAUGAGAAGAGAGGGAGACUACACCUUCUUCUGUCGGAAUACGAAGAAGAAAAAAGUGACAGAUUUGUCCAUCAGUAAUGGGGAUCACAUUGGUGGGAAUAUAGGAAGCUGA